UGUGUAACCGAGAAAAUAAAAAAAAGAUAAAAUCUUUAAUGAAUUCAAUGGAAAUGAAAACUAUAAUUAUUUUAUUUUCAAAAAACUCAUUUGUGUUUAUACUUUUCUAACCAAACUUGAUCGCCAUUUAUUUAUGAUCACUACUUAAUUAAUAAUAUCUUUUCCAAUAAAUUGUUAAGAUAAGCUACAAAUAUUAGUAUAUAGUUGAAAAUCUAUAUACAUAUAUGCACGCAUACAUAAUAUUCAAGAAUAAAAUUAAAAAAAAUAACUUCCAUUUACGUGCAUAAAAUUUAAAAAUAAUAAUGUCGAUAUAUUGUAGAACACUAGAAUGAAUUUUGUUCACAAUUAAAAAUAAAAUAUACAAAUUCAAUACAUAAAUGAAAACACUUUGUGUUAAUUUACAAAGAUUAACUAUAAUGAAUUAAUAUAAUAUUAGGUAAAACCUAAUAAUAAGCAUACAGAUUUCUACAUUGUUAAAAUAUUGUUAAAAAAUCAAUAAAAUGCCUACAAUAGCUAACUCAUCUUUAACAUAUGAAAUUCUUAUGUAUUUAAACUCUUUUUAUUUUGGUAUGUUUGCUAUAUGUGAAUUGGGUAUGGGCUUCUUCAAAGCUGCGAAUCUACCUUCUGGCACAAGUACUACAUUCACAGAGUUCAUACUCUUAUUCUUCCUUAUAAUCACAGAAGGAUCCAGAAUUUACUUUGGAAGGAAAGGGAAUUUGACAGAACAUGGACUACCAAUUCUUAUUGGAGUUAUUUUAACAGUACCCAGCUCCUUAGCAACAUUAUAUUUUUUAUUCUGGCAAAAUUAUGUACUCAAAUUAGAAGUAAUUCUUUGCAGCAUACAAUUGGUACUUUUAGCAUCUGAAUUAAUUAUUUCUAUUUCGUGUCUUAUAGCCAUCUAUAAACCUUCAUCUCCAGAAGAAUGAACAAUCAUAUUAAUAUUCAAAAAUUCAAUUACAUCGCAUUGAAUUGUAUGUUUCUAUAUAUUAAUAAAAGUGAAAGUCAAU